UAGCCGCGAUGUAAGAUACCGUGGGCGCCGUAUGAACGCAUGCUCUCUCAGGAGGGAGGCGUCUCCCCAUUAUAUCCGCGUCCCGACGCCGCGGAUGCUCAUUCUUCGACAAAAUACCACCUGUGACACAAGUUGUUUAGUUUACUUUUCGUUGGUCCGUUACGAGAUGAAGUAUACUUGGUUGAUGCUCGCUUCUUGUUUGGUGCUCGUUUUGGCCGAACUGGUGCCAGCAGCUCAAGCCGGACCCUACGUAGACGAUGAGGAAACUUUCCUUCCCGGAGAAGAGGACUAUUCAGAAAAUGCAAUCGACCGCUUACUGCAAUCAGCGCAGAAACGUUCUUCCUUAAUUUACCUUUUCAGACGUGCGUGCGUAAGAAGAGGAGGAAACUGUGAUCACAGGCCGAACGACUGUUGCUAUAACAGCUCCUGCAGGUGCAACUUGUGGGGCUCGAACUGCAGGUGCCAGCGGAUGGGUCUCUUCCAGAAAUGGGGAUAAACACAAAAUGAUACCUUAAAAACAUUUUGGUGGUAUGGUAAAUUCCGAAGAGCACAUUUACAAUUAGUUCGACGUACACUUUAAAUCUCUUGAUUACAUUAUUUUUCCUUUUGUAGUUGCAUUCCUGUUUACACCGUGGAAAUUUGCCAUACUACUAAAAUCAUUGAAAUUUGCAUCAAAGGUUUCAAGUGGGUCUUCCAGAUAUAUUUAUUUGUGAACCAAAAGAACUGAUUUUCUAACAGAGACCUGGCAGAUACAUUUGGAACUUUUGGUGCCGACCUUUGCGCGACUUUGGUUGACGAUGUUACUAGAAUAUUAAAAAUGUUUUAUUUGUUUCAUUAUUCAGCACAAAGACAGGUUUGGUUUGCAGUGAAAUCGUACAAUAAACGAAAACGUAAAAAAUAUCCUUCAUUUCAGGUUCAUUCACUGAGUAUCGCUUGUUAUUAUCUUAUUUGUAAACGUUGUUAAUAGAACUUGACAGAUUACUUCGAAAUUAGUAUUGAACUGAAAUUAAUUUCAUAGUAAAGACAGUAGAGUAAUAAAACCACUCGAUGCUAGAGCCGACGGACUUUCUUAUCCUUUAUUGUAUUUUUCGUGUAUCCGCUGUUAGCUGCUUUCCCAAUGGGGGUUCUUCCAGCCACAUCCCCAGUGGGAACGCAUGUCUGACUUAACUUUAAGUAAUAUGUACUACUUAUCUAAUGUAAUUAUGUAUGUAAUGUAUAGAUGUAAUAUCAUAUAAAGGUACUUUUUACGGUGAUAGUGAUAUAUAAAACCGUAACUAAGAAAGAAAAACCUAAAGUGUUGUUCGUGGUUAAAAUCUAUAAAAUAUGUUUCUAUAUGUGAAAAGGGUACAACAUUCACAAUUCUGUCAAUACAAAAUAUAUCAA